AUGGAGUAUCUACCGAUCGCUUUGUCCAUAGUGGCAGCAGUACUCGUCGUUAUUUACUAUUUUACCACGAGAAAUCAUAAUUUAUUCAAGAAGCAUGGAAUUCUGCAUAUUCCACCAACGCCACUGUUUGGAAAUAUGGGUCCCUUCCUUAGACGACAGUGCACCAUGUACGAUUUUAUUCUCAAAAUUUAUCAAUUACAUCCUGAAGCGAAAUAUGUUGGCUUCUACGAAUUUCUGACGCCUGUUCUAAUGCUCCGCGAUCCGGAACUGAUUAAAGCUGUCACUAUCAAGAACGUCGAACAAUUUCCGGACCAUCGUCCGUUAGUGUACGAGGAAGUGGACCCUUUGUUAGGAGGAAUGUUAUUUUCUCUGACAGGUGACCAAUGGAAGGAGCAUAGAAAUAUGUUGUCUCCCACGUUUACUUCUAGCAAGAUAAAAGGCAUGUACAAACUGAUGACCGAUUGCGCGGUCAAAUUCGUGGACCAUUUAACGAAACUGCCGGAGAACGAGCGUGAAAUGGAGAUGAAGAGCCUUCUGAGUAAAUAUACAAACGACGUGAUCGCUACCUGCGUGUACGGUGUCUCCGUGGACACAAUAAAAGAUCCAAAUAACGUGUUUUACGUAUACGGUAAAAUAGGUACAACCUUAGUAACUUUCAAAAAAUCUCUAACAAUGCUGAUGCACAAAAACGCCCCUUGGCUAGCGAAACUGUUGCAAUUUAAAUACGUAGAAAGCUAUAUCGCGAAAUUUUUCUCUGAUAUCGUGACAGACACGGUCGAAGCUAGAGAAAAGACUGGCGCUUAUAGAUCGGACGUCAUACAGCUAUUGCUAGAGACUAACAAGAAGAAGGAGCUAGGAAAAGGUAUGAGCGUGGAAAGUAUGGCCUCUCACGCUUUCAGCUUUUUUUUCGGCGGGUUUGAAACCGUCUCCGCGCAAAUUUGCAUAGCGACGCACCUGUUAGCCGAGAAUCCAGAUGUUCAAGAAAGAUUACAGCAAGAAAUCGACGAAGCAUUGGAAAACAACAACGGCCAAUUAACCUACGAUGCUCUAAACGAGAUGAAGUAUCUAGAUGCCGUGAUGAAUGAAUCCUUGCGACUGCAUCCGGUAGCUAUAUUCAUGGACAGGCUAUGUGCUGAAGAUUUCGAACUGCCACCUGCGUUACCCGGUGACAAACCUUUCACAAUCAAGAAAGGAAUGAACGUUUGGAUUCCUGUGAAAGCGAUUCAUCACGAUCCUAAGUACUACGAAAAUUCUUUGAAUUUCGAUCCAGACAGAUUUUUUAAAAAUGGUAAGAAGAUUAUGAACUCGGACACGUAUAUGCCAUUUGGCCUUGGGCCCAGAAUGUGCAUCGGAAACCGGUUUGCACUCACAGAGAUGAAGGUAUUGCUAUGUCACCUUCUUGCCAAGUGCAAUGUCAAGAUCGGACCGAAAACGACAACUCCGUUAGAAUUCGAGAAAGGUGUGAUAAACGCCGGUGCGAAAAAUGGAUUUUGGUUGAUCAUUAAGCCAAGGAAACGUUCUUAUCGCUUUGCCCAGGUCAACGGAGGUGCCAAAUGAAUUUGUACAAAUGAUUUGUAGAAAAUUUUAAACCUUUAAAAUCAUACGUUCGCAUCAUUAAACGAUUAAUAUCAUGUAAUGUACAGCUUGCGAAAUAUAGUUCACAUGUCAGAGUUUGAAAAAUCAAUUACUCGAAAUAAUCUCAUACUGUAAAACGCAAGAACGUAUUAAAUUACACUUGUUACACGUAAUUACACUUGUAGUAUCGUACGUUACUCUGGUGCUAUCUCAUCUCGAAUACGCGCCGGCAAUAUGGACGCCAAGCAUUGAGAAAUCCUGUUAACUUCCGGAAAAUAUCCAACAUCAUUUUUUCAGGUUCCUUGCGUAUAAGAGGGGCGACCUGAUGCCAUAUAACGAUCAUGAUAAUUCAGCGAUUAUUGUCUCAAUUGAAUAUAUUGUAAGUAGAGCAGCGUAGGACUGUUAACGAAUUAUCAUUAUUACGCAAUAUUUGGAACAACAGAAUUAACUGUCCUGAUCUUACAAUACGUAUUAACUUUAACAUUCCCUCCUAUGUCUUCAGCAUUCGAUAUUAUUUCAUACGCCUAUUCGCCAAUCGACAUUCGGUAACGAUAUCAUCAACAGAAUCUGCAGAAUUAAUAAAUACAUCGACCAACUCGACUUCCUUUAUGAUUCGCCAUCAAAGUGUAAGAAAAAUCCGUUUGUGAAAUAAUGCAAUAUCUUCUAUCUUUGUGCGACACUGAUAUUAGAUAUUGUAUAUUCAUUGUCAUAUUGUACUCUUGCAUUGCGUAAAUUUUAUGAAACUUAUGUUGUUAAACUUAUGUAUAAAAAUUUGAUUGUUUAACUCGUUAUGCUUCUAAUAUUUCGCUACAUUAUUAUAAAAAAAGAUUUCUCUCCGUUAAUUAAAAUUUGUUACUGUUAUUAUUAUUCAGUUUAUUAUUAUUAAACAGUUCUAUUACUUUAAAAUAUUACUGAAAAUUAUUAAACGGCUUUAUUUUUGCAAAGAA